GCCAGAGGCGGGGCACCGCCACGACCACAUUGGGACAGGCUGAGGAACUUCUGCCACACUCAAGGAAUCCGUGAACCCACCUUUCAAUACAUCUCUGAUCGCAGAGGAUGCCGUACCGCCUGGAGCUGUACCGUCGACUUGCAAGGCGCCCGGUCUUCCGCACGCUUGUGGUACGAUGGACGGUACCUCGAGAACGCCCGUGAAGAUGCCGCCGAGAAGGCUCUCCAGACUCUCGGUGUCGUUCCC